GUGCAAACAACUUUCUCAAUACAAACAAUCUUCCUGUUCUCAUGAACUUGCGCUUUUUUGAAGCCUCUUACGGUUCACUUGACGUUUUGGUGUGCCGAAAAACAUAGGAAAGGGGGAGAGAAGUCACCUCGGUGAUAACGCGUCAAAUUGCCGACGCGCCAUCAAAUCUUCCAGAAUCACUCCACGUCGAUUAUCACAGUUCCGUUUUUUUGGGAGUCUGCCCCCAACGACAAGUCCUCGCAGCUCAAUUCAGCGCCCAGCAUGUCUUCGGAGGUAGUGAAGAAGAGGGGAAGGCCCAAGAAGGUCAUUUCGGACCCUGUCGAGGUGGAAAUGUCGGAAGCAACCAAGAAGACGACCACUAGGGCAAAAUCCACGAAAGCUGGGCCAAAGACUCCUGUAGCGAAGGCAUCUACAUCUGCGAAGCCCCCUGUGGUCGAGAAACCAGUGUCCAAACCCAAUGCAAGCAGUCCGGUUGCUCCAAAGGUCGCGUUUAAGCCUUCAGCGGCGGCAGCACAAAAACCUGCACCAACUUCCGCAAAACCCACAGUCAAGACAUCAACGACCCCGGAGACGUCAAAGAUAUUGAACAAACUGCGAGAACAGUAUUCAAAGACUACACCUCCAGCAGCAGAGGCUGUGAAGUUCUCAAAACCGUCCACGCCGUCGAUAGCUUCCAAACCAACUACAGCAAACACAAUACAAACAAAAGCGACUCCUUCGCCAACUACAGCAUCAUCGAGCUCUGCUAAGCCCCCUGCAAAACCAAUCCCAGUUCCAUUCAAGCCGUCAUCUGCGACUGCAAAACCACCGCCACCUCCCCCCACGAAACCUGCCCCGAAACCCCACGUUCCCAUUGCAGCCUUGAACUCGGAAAUCGUGUCGAACAUAUCUACAAGGGCAGGAGCAAGACCGAAUGCGAGCCAGGGGAGUCCGCUACCCAAGAACUACAAAUCAGUUGCGAAUAAGGUCACGAUGGCUAUUGUUGCUAUGCCAAUUGCAAUUGUUACGAGCUGGGUUUUGUAUGAAAGACUGGUAUUAGGAGAAGACAGAAAACACCUUGUGAAACCAGGGAUGGCUAUGGUAGAGACUCCAGCUCCGGCGGAGGGAAAAGGAGAAGGCGCUCCAAGCCCGUCGUCAACAUAAACAACUUGCAAAUGAGUGUGGCGGAAAACUACAUAUUACGAUGAUAUGACGCAAUGUUUAUGGUAAUGCUCUACACAGAAAAUCUCAACAUUUUGAUACCCCG